AUGUUGAUUAAAUCAUCAUUGACUAAUGUUGUACCUGAUGAUUAUUCUAAACUGAAAUAUAAAGAAAAAUUUGAUGAAACGAAUAAUACUCAAGUUGUGUUAAAUGAAAUUGUCGAUAUUGAAAAAGAAAAGGGAGAGUUCGAUGUCGAAGAAGAAGAUGAAGGAACAGAAUCAUCUGAUGAUACUAAAAAACAAGAUUCCCCAAAAAGCUUUUUAGAUAGUUUAAAUUUAGAUGUGCCUUCUUCUUAUGAAGUAGAGCCUAUUGAUUUUCCAAAAAGUCCAUGGCUUAGUAUUAAUAAAAAAUCUAAACUUAAUUCUCCAUCUGAUGAAGAAGAGGAUAAAUCAAUGUUCCAAGUUCAACUGCUUUCAAACUGCCAAGAUGUACAUUUGAUUAAAGAUGAAAUGGGAAAUGGUAAAAAAAAGAAAGUUAUUCCAGUGGCUAAUGAUAUUUUUAAUGAUACUCAUUGCGAUGAAAGUUCAUUCGAUGGUAGCCAUACAUCAAUUGAUGAUGCUGAUUUUGAUUCUUAUUUGGAUAGCCCUGAUGAACUUGAUGACUCAAUCAUGGAAAGACUUGGAAAAGAAGUUGAACCUAUACCUGUAUUAACUGCUGCUGAAGAAAGGUCUGAGUCACUGUGUUGGAAAUCUUGUAUGAUAGCAGGUGUCGAAAGAAGAAUCGACCUCAAAGUUCUUGAACCGUAUAAAAGAGUCAUUUCUCAUGGAGGAUAUUUAUCUAAAGAAUCAAGUCAUGCCAUUGUUAUAUUUAGUGCUUGUUUUUUACCUGAUAGGAGUAGAGCUGAUUAUGACUACGUAAUGAAUAAUUUAUUUAUGUACGUUAUAUCAACAUUAGAUCAGUUAGUAACUGAUGAUUACAUGGUAAUUUAUCUUCACGGUGCAACAGCCCGCAGUUGCAUGCCUAAAUUCAAAUGGUUAAAAAUGUGUUACCAAAUGAUCGACAGAAAAUUGAAAAAAAACUUAAAAGGACUAUAUUUGGUUCAUCCGACAUUUUGGCUCAAAACACUGGUGCUCAUGACUAAACCAUUCAUUAGUUCUAAGUUCAGUAAAAAACUUUUUUUUAUCAAUUCAUUAAGCGAAUUAUAUAAAAUUAUUCCAAUCGAAGAAUCUUGCAUUCCUGACAGGGUAAAAAAGUAUAAUGAACUAAAAGAGUUUUUGGAAAAAGAAUACUAA